GGAACAGCUGGUUCACAUUUCGAGAAGCGAACAGUUGGUGAUGAAACAAUGGCUGGUGAGACAGGAGUGAAAAGUGUACUUUCAGCAUUAACAUUAGCAUUCUUCACAGAUUCAGGCUGGUGGGAUGUCGAUUAUUCAGUUGCUGCAGAGUGGCAUUAUGGAAAGGAUUUAGGUUGUAACUUCGUCAUGGGAAGUUGUUACGCAUAUAUGGCACGAAUGAAGCAAGCAGGGAAAAGCAUAGAACCUUACUGUGAUGAAACGGGUUCUUUAACGUGCUAUCAUAAGAAUGCUUUUGGGAUUUGUGCUAUGGGAAAAUAUAAGGGUUUGUUACCACCAGAAGAGCAAUAUUUCAAAGGUUAUCCCAAUGUUGGAGGUACCGGUACAUUGACAGAUAGAUGCCCCACUGUUCAGCCAAUGGAGACAUUUUUCAAAGAACGUUUUAUGACCUACUGUGAUCAUCGUUUAAAUAUUCCAUUAGCACAAAGAGGAAAUAUGUUUGGUCAAGCUUUUGGGAAUAAAUCGAUAUGCAUUCCACAUAUGGGAGCUUGGAGAGCUGAAAUGAAUGGAAAAUUAACACAAGAUCCUCGAGUUAAAGCAACUUGUCAUGAUUACAAAUGUUCACGUACUGUUCAAAUCGUCGUUGAUGGUGAAACGUUUCCAUGUAUUUCUGGUAUAGCCAAAAUAAAAACUAGGCGAAUUGACGGAAAUGCAAUCUGCCCUGAUAUGAAUGAUGUUUGCAGAGCAUACAGAAAAUGAACAAUCCAACAACUCAUCUAUUAAGAACCAAUAACUAUGGAUAUCUAAUACAUUUUAAUUACUUUCAUUAAUAAUUAUGUUCAAUGAAUUAGUUCAUUCAUU